AUGCCAGUGCGUAUCAGGGCAUCAAACUCAAUGCCAUCACUUCAUCCAGACAACCCAAAGACAUCAAAUCAUUCAAAACAGAGCAGUGGAAGCAGUGCCAAACGACUGUCCAAGCAAAGAUCAUUGAAGAACAUAUUCUCAUUGCUGUCACCUUCAUCAUCAUCGUCUUCGUCGUCAUCUGGAGCCAGUGGCAAUGGUAACAAACUUCGACACUCUGGGGACGUGAUGGCCAUGUCGAACCCGAAUGAUAGCGAAACCAAUCCCAAGAAGUUGAGCAGCAGUCAGAGUUGUGGUGACAUACCUAGCCAACAGACACGCAUUAGCAGGAGCAGUACUUUAAGCAAGUUGAUCAAAGGACGAAAGGACUCUUUGUUGUCCAAGAAGGACAAGUUCAAGAUGCCCUCGCCCUUCGAGCCGCCAGUCAAGAUCACCGAGGCCCUCAACAUUAGUGGUGGCCCAUCGACUCCAGGAGCAAUGUGGAUCGAUGAAACAGACGCCGUCACUACUUCCUCAACAUCUCCGCCAUCUGCACAGCAAGACGAGAAGCCUACACUGGUCCGAACAUGGUCGCGACCAAGUGGCAAGGGCAAACUGCUACACUCUCGAACAUCGGCUCCGCAACUUAUGAGUGACAUUAAGAAGCUUCAAUUGGACUUGUCACCAACACUACCAAAGAUUGGCACUCAUCAUUGGUGGGGCUCAGCCAACCCCAAGCCACCAGACAACUCCAAUGCCCUGCUCCAGCAACAGUUAGACGCCGACACAUCGCCAAAUCUUAUAGUUAACAACAACCUGGCCACCACCUCACUCAACAGAUCAAUAUCAGAGUUCCACUUGCAGCGCAAACCAUCGAAGUGGGUGAUGGCAGCGCCGUCGACACCUCCAUCAAACGGCGCCACAGGCAGUCACAAUGGCUCGCCAGUGCGAGGCAUUAGCUCCUCGCCACUCAGCUCCUCUCCAGAGACACGUGGAUGUACAGCCGGCUCGUCACCAGUCUCAUCAAUCAUUCGUAUCUACUUUGUGCCGCUAGUGUUUGAGGAGGUUACAGGUGGAUCAUUCCCCGACGAUGAAGGUGAUCAGCCCACGCAUACAGCCGCGGCAAUGGACUCGCAAACGCACGCCGAUCCACUCAACGCAUCCUCGCUCUGUCUCAACUCAUGCCAACUUUGGACCAACUAUUGGACACAGGUGGUCACCAGCACGACGAUGGCCAAGGACAUCAUCAAAUACCUGGCGCCAAAGAUUGACAGGAACGAACAACUACUCAAACUAUGCAGCACACCAAACAUAUACGACUAUGUCGAGGACGAUACAUUGUUGAUUGGACUGCGAUCCAAGAAAAUCUAUCUGAUGGAGAUGCCCAACGAGGUUGUCGUGCACGAGUCUGAGACACUGCCCGACCUCCGCGGCCUGGUCGCCGAGACACCACGCCCCAAGCCCGCCUCACUAACAUCCAGCAUGCUAUCCAUCAGUCGAAGUUGGUCGCCAAGCUACUACUGUCGAUUCCUUUCUGGCUCCCAACAACAAUCAGGGCACAGUGGCAACCAGCCCCUCAGUACAAUGUGCGCCAGUCCAGACUCAUCCCGCGACGAUCCAUUCCUCCUCACACCCCGCAGCAGUGAAGGCGGCAACACAUUCUCAUACAGCAGUUGCAGCAGCUACAGUAGCCCUCUGAUGAUGAGUUGCACCGAGCUGAGCACCAAGGGUGGCGGCAGUGGUGGUGGAGGUGGCUCCUCCAAGUCGAACGAUAGCGUGGAGAUCUCAUCCAAGUGCAAGGAGCGCAUCAAGAUCUUGGACAACUACUUUCAUCACUACUACCAGGAGCUCAAUAGCUACUUGGCCCAGCGCACUCGGCGCAUGGAUAACCUGCUGGAGGCACUGCGCGAGUCGGGCAUCAAGGAGCACUCGAUCGCCUGGCAGCGCUGUCUGCGAGAGUACAUGGACAAGGAGAGCACAUACCUGCGCCAGAAGCGCGCACACAUUGGCUCAAGCGACUUCCGCAAGCUGUCGAUCAUUGGCAAGGGCGGUUUUGGCACCGUGUAUCUGGCCACAAAGAAGGACACUAACGAGAUUGUGACACUCAAGGUGAUACGCAAGACGGCGUACCAUCGCGCCAACCAGAUGACAUCGGUCUCUAAGGAAAAGGCAGUGAUGAUGAUCCCGACUACGACGCGCGACGACGCCAACCAGUGGAUUACGCGACUACUCUACUCUUUCGAGGACUCACAUUACCUUUACCUGGCGAUGGAGUAUCAUUGUGGCGGUGACUUCCGCUCACUGCUCACCAACCUGGUCACGCUCUCUGAUGACAUGUCGUCAUUCUACUUUGCCGAGAUGGUGUUGGCCAUUGAGUCACUUCACAAGCUUGGCUACAUCCAUCGCGAUAUCAAACCAAGUAACUUUGUGAUUGAUCGCUGUGGACAUAUGAAGCUCAUUGACUUUGGUCUUAGUAAGGAUGGCUUCCUCUCUCACAACUCAAAGUACUACAGCACCUGGAAGAACUUGCUCAACAGUAAGGACGACUCUCAUCCAAAGAUUCCAAGAUUCAAGAGUGGCAAGAAGUUGGUCAAGCAUGUGACGUACGCCAAGGUCGGAUCACCAGAGUACAUGGCACCAGAGAUGUUGGCAGGCAAGGGAUAUGACAUGACGUAUGACUACUGGUCGCUUGGAGUGGUGCUGUUUGAGAUGUUGUUUGGAGAGACACCUUUCGCCGCAGAGACAGUGGAGGAAGUGUUCAAGAAUAUAAUGGAUUGGAAGAAAGUGUUGGACUGGGACUACCUCGGACAGUACUUCUCGCCCGUGGCCAAAGAUCUCCUGCAGAAGUUGUUGUGCGAGCCUGAGCGACGACUGACCUCACAGGAACUCAAGGCGCAUCCAUACUUUGCCGACAUCGACUGGGACAACAUCAAGAACAUCACGCCGCCAUUCAUCCCACAGGUCAAGAGCGAGUCUGACGCCAGCUACUUCUCAGACGCGAUGGAUAUCAUUGAUGAGGACGCAAACAAUGAUGUCCACUUAGAGGGCGACUAUGAUGAGGCCGUGGAGGUGGCCACGCAACAGCCCCCUGCCUCGCCCGCUGCGGCGGCAGUGCCUGUGACACCCGAUACCAGUCACCAUCCUGACACGACUGUCGAUGACAUUGACUCAUUCAGAUCGAUGCCCUUUGGUGGAUUCACAUUCCAACGCUUCCCAUCCGUUGUGGAAGGCGCUCGUGCCAAAGGUUUGAUCAAAUCAUUCUACGUCGAGGAGAAGAGUCUCUCGCGGGCUGCCAGCAACUCAUCGCUAAACAGUCCAUCAACUGGUGGCCUUGGCCUUGGUGGACUUGGUGGACCUGGUGGACCUGGUGGCUCACCAAUCAUUCAAUCAGAUAUUAGCGGUAGUGGUGGAAGGGUACCGAUGAUUCAAGUGCCAUCUGGAUCAAGUCCUCAAUCAUACACGCCUCCACAGAUGAGUCCACCCGCCACCUCUUACAAACAACAUUCUCCAUUGCCCAUACUACGCAUGCCUUCACUACGAUCCAACAACAACAACAAGAACAAAUAG